AUGCGCCGGCCCGUCCCUCCGCCUCCCCUCCAGCCCAGCCCAGGGCGGCACCGCAAGGUCUCUCUAAGUCACCUUUGCUCGGCCCGCCCCCGGCUCCAGCGAGGUCAAGCAGAGGCGCGGCCCGCCCGCCAGCGGCCCAGGACUCCGGUGCCGGGCCGCCAGAGGUCCGUGCAGCGCCCUUCGGCCGCAGAGCCAGAGCCGCCCUCCCCUCCAGGGCUCGCCGGGGAGAGUGCGACCAGCGCGGGGAACGGCCUGCGGCAGGCAGCUCCGCGCUGCCGCUGUCGUCGUCCAGUCCCUCCUCCCGAGGCCCCCCUCCCGCGUGGCCCGCUCCGCGGAGGCGCAGGUAGGGACGUGCCCCGGACGGGGAGAGCCCGCACACAGCCCUUGCGAGCGAGCAGGCGGACUGCUCGCCCCGCAAUUCUCGGGAAGGAAGUAAGGAAACUGCUACUCGUGCUCUGCGUGCAUCCCGCGGAGGCUCCUGCGAGGUCCUAGAGCGGGCUGUGUGCUCAAGCCCUCUCCUGGCGACGCCUGCCCUGACAACUUCUAAAUGGCCAGCCCGCCCCUGGGGAAAAGCAGAGAGGAAUCCUCUUUGGACUCUUGCACCUCAAAGGGCACUUUUGAGAAAUUAUUCCUUUAGGUGAAGAGGAGGAGAACAAUGUGAUUUCUUUCAUGGAAUUCUGCCCUAACACCAAAAAUAAAUUCUGGACUCCUGCCAACUAACUGAAAUCCCAGCACCAAGCCUUCAUUUCUAGAUUCAGUGCCUAAAGUGCCUGGCAGACAGUAAGAAUCAAAUAAAAUGCUUUCUGAACUGAAUGAAAUAGCCUCCCUACCUGGAGAAGCAUCAUAACCAGACACUUCAAAAUCUCUUAUCAAGCACAACAAAAUAAAGUAAAAAACAGAAAUGAUCCAAUAUUUACAUUUGUACAUGAUAUACAUUUGUCCCUUAAUGAAAACACUAAGUGUCAACAUUCCUCAAAGGAAUUUACACAGAAUGUAAUUUCAAUAACAUACCAAUGGUAUUUUUACUAGGAACCUAAAAAAAUUAUUUUGAAUGCCAUCUGGGAGAAUAAACAGAUACAAAUGUCAAAGAAAAUCCUCAAAAGAAAAGGGAAACCUUAUCAGAUAUUAAAACAUUACAAAAACAAUCAUUAAAAAUGAGUUACUUGUGGGGCGGCUAGGUUGGUUAAUCAUCCAACUCUUGAUUUUGGCUCAGGUAAUGAUCUCAUGGUUCAUGGGUCUGAGCCUCAUGUCAGGCUCUGCGCUGGCAGCUCUGAGCCUACUUGGGAUUUUCUGUCUCCCUCUCUCUCUGCUCCCUCCUGCUCGCACUCUCACAGAAAUAAACAUUAAAAAAAAAAACUAUUGGAAAAAGAGAUACUUGCAAAAAAAGAGGCAGAUGAAGCAAUGAAAGAAAAUAGCAAACAAAUUCUUAAAAUGUAGGAGAAAGGUAUAAAAAACGGAAAGGGAAGAUUGCUUGAUGAAGGAUGUAAAUAAAGGUAAGUGGUCAGCAAUUUGAGAGCCUCACAUCCUAACACUCUCACAUGGCGUUUCCUAUUCAAAACCCAGCAAGCACACCAACAAAUGGGGCUGGGCCUCUGGCUACUUUCCUGACCUUUCCCCUCUCCCCAACUUGCCCUGCUCUAGGCACCCGGAAAGCUUUCUUCUUCAAAUAUGCAAAGCACUCUCCUCUCCAAUCCCAGAGCUUUUACAGUUGCUUCCUUUGGUUUUCAAUACUCUUUCUACCAGAUUUCUUCAGGGCUCUCCUGACUCACUGCAGCUCUGUGCUCAGGGACCUCUUCCCUUACACCCUUUCCAAAACAACAGCCCCCUACCCCAUGCCAUCACUCUCUAUCCCCUUCAUCCUGUUUAUUUUUCUGCACCUCACUGCCUGACAUUAUAUGUGUAUUUACACCUUAAAUUUAGCUGGAUGCUAAACCAACUGAGCCACCCAGGUGCCACUAUUUUAAACUAAAAAAAAAAAAAAAAAAAAAAAAAGCCUAGUCUACCAGAGAAUAACAGCUAGAAGGUAAAUCUUUGUGGAUUUUUGGGUCAUAGGUGAUUACACUUUGUUGGUGCCUUCAUCUUCCUCAUUUCGAACAUAAACAAUCAUUAGUUUUGCAGUUAAAAAAAAACUGUUCUAAUGUAGGUACUGAAAAUAAAUUAGAA